AUGGAGAGGUUAGUUUCAGUAUUGGAGGCUUAUCGAGGUAAAGACCGAAUCAUUCGAUUCGCCGGCUAUGUCGCCACAUUUCUUGCAGGAACAACGAAAGGAAAGUCUGCACUGAAUUUUAAAACGAUCGCCACCGAACUUUCAGCAUGUCGGACGGUACUUCGUCUGUUUGAUGAUACAUCGAUGCUGAUGAGUAACUUAGUUUACGGAACGGGAUCAAAGGAGCCUGUCACUGCUAUUCGCAUACUCCAGCUCAUCAGUAACUUUGUCAACCAGCUCUACUAUCCUGUUGAACACAUCGCCUGGCUUGGAGACAGAAAAAUCAUCAGCGUGGAGUCCAACAAAUUCUGGCUGUUAGGACUAAGGAUCUGGGCGACAUCUUUACUUACAGAAAUUAUCAAGAAUCUGGUGAAGAUCCGUUUGGCUCAGAUGGAGAUGAAAGGUGUGAAGAAAGAACAAUACCUACAGGCUUCGAAUGAGAGAAAUGGUAUUACAGAGCAGUCCCAGGCGAUGUCAGACCAGUUGAAAGCCCUGAAGGCAAAAUCUAGUGAAGCUUAUCUUCUACUGUUUCAAAGUCUUUUUGAUUUCAUGAAUGCCAUUAGCUGGAUGCCUCCAGGAUUCCUUUGGUCUGGUAAACUGUCCCCGGCCCAAAAUGGGGUGUUAGGUAUGAUAUCGACUGGUAUUAUGCUCUACCGAGGAUGGCCUGCGAAAAAAGAUAAAAAGUCUUCAUGAUUUUCUCAUCUAUAGAGAAUUUUAUUCUUAGAUAUGUUUUCAUACACGAUGUCUGUAAGUAUUUGUGUCAUCAAAGAUUUUAAUUUUUCAGGGAUCAUCUAAAGUUUUAAA